GAUGGAAGGUUCACAGCUCACCGUUAUACUGGGAGCUAUCUGUCUCAGUGUGGUAAGCGCAGGCUUAUCAACGGCAGCCUCAAUAUAUACAGAGUACCUGUUUAAAACUGAUAGAAGACCAUUCUUUGAGCAGCAGAUUCAACUGUAUUUAUUUGGAGUGCUAAUAACCGGCGUAUGGGCCACGUAUAUAACGAAAGGAAACCCAUUUGUCGUGGAAGGGAACUUGUCCGUUACACUACUGUGGUUGUUGAUUCUAACCAUCUUUCUCGGUGGCGCGGGAGGCCUCCUUGUCGCUGCUAUUAUUAAGAACAUUGAUAAUAUUGCCAAAAUUUAUGCAUCCACUAUCGCUAUCCUGGUCACAGGUGUGGUGUGUUGGAUUCUUUUCCCUGAAAACUUCCAGAUGACCGUCACUUUUGUACUGGCGAUAUGCAUGAUUCUAGCCUCGUCCGUACUGUACGAAAGAGCCAAACCCAAAGAACCAGACGAGACAUCAAACAAAAAUGGAUCUAAACCUACUGUUUUAUCAAAGGAAAACGUCUCACUAAACAGUGCACCCGAACACAAAAUAUAGCGCGUAUACGUAGUACCUAUUAUCGCAUUAUUAUGCAAAGUGUACUUGAAUUAAA